AAACUAUUUUGAAAAAAAUAAAUGUCUCUAAAUUCAAAAGUUGCUAUUAUAACAGGCUCAUCAUCGGGUAUCGGAGCCGAGAUAGCCGUGAAAUUGGCGUCAAUGGGCGCUACAGUUGUGGUCACCGGUCGACAGUCAGACCGUAUUCAGGAAGUGGUAAAUAAGUGUCAAACAUUGUUAUCAAAGACAGCAGAUGAACACCGAUCUCAAGUAGUGGCGUACGGUGUGAGCUGUGACCUAACCGACGACAAGGAUGUCGACCGUUUGAUCGGUUCGGUGGUCGACAAGUUUCAUCGGAUCGACAUUUUAGUCAACAACGCCGGUGUUGGCUCUCGGAGUCAAUUUCUCAGUGAUGGCAACGAGUAUUUUAGUCAAUACGAUCAGCUCAUGGAUAUGAAUCUACGGUCAGUACAGCGCAUCACUAGACUAGUGAUUCCCUAUUUAAUUGAAACUCGUGGACAAAUAGUUAACAUAUCGAGUAUACGGAGCCGAUUGGCGGCACCGAAAAACUUUGCCUACAGUAUGUCUAAGGCAGCUAUCGAUGCCUUUACACUGGCACUGGCCAAACAAUUGGCACCGUUAGGUGUGCGGGUAAACAUUGUAAGUCCCACCACAACACGUACACCUUUAUGGAAGACAGUUUACGGUACCGAUCAAUUGGUAGACUCUAUGGCAGCAACCAUGAAGUAUACCUGUCCAUUGGGCCGUAUUGGUGAACCCAUAGAUGUGGCCGAAGCAGUUGCCUAUUUGGUAUCGACGAACAGUUUGACUAAGACACUGAUAACUGGCCAAACAGUGCCCGUCGAUGGAGGUGUCCUGUGCUCUGGUGUUAGACAUAACUAUUCUGUAAAAUAA